AUGGAGGCGGCAGCCAAGUCCAUCAAGAGUCUCAUCAGCGUCUUGCCCGACCGCCCCCAUCAAUUGUCCAUCGUACCCGAUUCGCGAUACCAGCUCCAGCCCAACGACACGCGCUUGGAGGAAGAUGCCAUUCGGCCUCUUCAGUACAUGACCUAUCUGUUCGAUAUCGACCGGGGUCUUUUACUCACCAGAGCAUAUUCGGACAUACGCGACGAAGAGAGCUAUGCGCCCAAGCCCUCAAAGCCGCCGCAAGACUCAACCAAACCAAAGACAAAAGUCUCCCUGCAGGACUAUAAGAAAAAGAAGCAGGAAAACAACUCAGCAGCCGACAGCAACACGCCGACGCCCAGGUCGUCUGCGCCCAAGCCUGUCGACAAGGAGCGAGUACCUGUUGUCAAAAAGGAAGAAUCGCCGUCAGUCGACAGCAUGUUGAAACAGACUACUUUGAAGAAGCCUCAUCCAAGCUUACCACCAAAACCCGAUGUGCGUCGCCCAGGCGCAGAGCCGUCUCCCGAGAGAAAGAAGCGGCCUACAGACGUGAACGAGGAGCGUUCUAUAAAACGCACCAAGCUCGAGGGCACCCCCAAUGGAGUGCCUCGAGUACCGUCCAAGUCCGAGGCGUAUAGCAGGACAGCUGACAAGGCAAACUUGAACGACAAGAAGUCGUCCAAGGAGCUGAAACCUUCGCCGAUGCCUGCCACGAAUGGCAGAUCUGCCAUCAGCAACGCAAGCACACGAGGCCCUUCGCCGCGGCCGAGCAGUCAGGCCAAUGGCUCGUCGCAAAAGUCCGCCACAAGCAAAGACAGCACACCCAGGAAGGAGAAAUCAGGGUUGGGCUCAAAGGAACUCAAAUCCAUGCCCAUGUUGUCCCCAAUUGGCCCAGAACUUGGUUCCAUGAUUCCAGGAUAUGACUCGAGCCCGCGAAAUAGGCCAGGAGAGAAGGACAAGGAGGCAAAGUCGCAGAGUAGGCGAGCGCGUGAUGAGCCAGACCGGUCUUCGACGCCCAAAAAGAGCAAAUACGAGCUCCCGCCACUCCUUUCGCCCACCCUCCCCCCUGUCGUUAGGGAAGCACAGGCUUCAGCAGAAAAGGACAAGAGAUUAAAUGGUCUAUCAAGCCAACUCGCGGAUGUUGCCAGUGCCAAGAAGGCGCCAGCGAAACUAGACAGAGACGACGUUGAUGGCAAGGACGCGAAGGAGGAAGAGCGUACGAGGAUUGUGAAGCUCAAGUAUCCAAAGAGGAUCGCUAAGACCAUCUCUCGGUUACUGGCAUUGGCGCCCAAAAAGAAGCACGACACAUCGAGGAGGGAGCUUUUGGAGCCGCCAAGGAAAGACGAUCGUACGGGCCGGGAGCGUUCCGAAAGCGCGGAGCCACCAUCAACGGCAACGGCCCGCAAGCGUCCCCGUACGGCUACGGACGCGGGCGAUCACCCGUCUGCUGCGAUUAAGCGCCCAAGAACCUCGGAUGUUGUGCAGCCUUCUACACCCUCAAAGCACAGUAUUGCUAUGCAACGGGUAGCUUCGAGCAGUUCGCAGGCCGGGACACCCGGUACGACCAACAAUCUCACACCAGCAGCCCCCGUCCCUGAUCGUCGGUCAGCUUCGGUGGACCCAGAAAGGACUGGCAAGCUGCGAGAUAAACAUGCACUUCUGAGCUCACUAGGCACGAAGCUGAAACAUCAGAGGGAUCGCAUCAUCAAGCCAAACGGCAUUAUAUCAAGCAAUCCGACCCAGUGUGACCGCCACGCUCUCAUGGCCACGGACCUGCAGUCACUCGUGGCUUACAUGGCGGCCUUUCAGGCCAUGGACGAGCUACGCGACAUUGAGCGCAAAAUCAGGGAUCCAAGCCUGUGGAGGAGUCUUAUGCCCCUCAUCAGAGUGUACAGAGGUGACUGCGGUCAUUCGAACCAGCUUACGGCACUAAUCACGCGGUUGCACUGCAUUACUCUCCUGUGGCAGAGUCGAUCUCUGGUAGCCUUGGGCCCCGAUAAUGCCAAGAACGCAAGAGAGAUGUAUCAGGUCACAAAAGAUCAAGACCAAAUGUGGAAACAGGCCAUGGAAGCCAGGAAACGGCUCGACGAUGCGCAUGGCGGUGAUGACGGCGGUGUGGUGGCCAAGUUGAUUGACCAGCUUGGCCCCUGGUCGACUUCCGAAGACGUUGUGAGCAUCACGAUCAAGAUCCUGCGAAAGACCGUACGACUGGACGACGAAAAGUUCGUGCCCCUGCGCGAACUGAUCCAGGCUUGUGAGCCACUCACCAACGGCCCAUGA